AGAGCGUUGUGUUCGAGGCGGCUCCACACCGCACCCGGACACUCUUUGAGCCCCGUGCCGAAUCCCCGACGAAGCCCCGCCUGGACGUUUUCGCCCUCGGCGGUGCGUGGAACAGUUGGUUCGUGUCGAGGGGUGGGCAGUGUUGCGCCAACGGACGUCGUGUACGACAAGGCGAUCACGAUCGGCAACUGAGACACGAGAACUUCUGGAUCUUCCCCGUGUUCGGCUGGCUGUCAAAAAUUCGAAAAUUCACGCUCAGAUUCGCCCCGUCGACGAUACCGCAGAAAUCCGUACACAGCUCUACAGACGCGCGGCGCUACCGUACGCCCUACAGUAUGGUCGCCUGACUAUCGCGCGCUUGCGUGUCGCAUCAUUGGCUAGCAUUCGUCGUCGCCACACUAUUAGCGCAACUACCGUAUUCCACUGUAUACCGUAAUCAUGCGGUUAUACAGUAUUGUGCUAUCUCUAUUCGCUACUAGCACUAUGAUAGCUGUAGCACAAGAAGAUGAAUUGAUCGUGGACACUACACAUAUCUCCCAUGUGUUGGAUAGGUUGACAAAUAAGACGAAUUACGACAAGCGGCUGCGACCAAGAUAUGGUGACAAGCCGGUCGAUGUAGGUAUCACAAUUCAUGUAUCCUCAAUCAGUGCCGUCUCCGAAGUGGAUAUGGACUUCACUCUAGAUUUUUAUAUGCGACAAACAUGGCAAGAUCCGAGGUUAGCGUUUGGAACAUUGGAUCUCGGAAUGUCAAAGCAGAUCAAUUCACUUACCGUCGGUGUCGAUUACUUGGACCGAUUAUGGAAACCGGACACAUUUUUCCCGAACGAGAAGAAAUCGUUUUUUCAUGUGGCCACCACACAUAAUUCGUUUCUUCGAAUCGAUAGCGAUGGAACCGUUUUUACCAGUCAACGGCUUACAGUAACGGCAACUUGUCCGAUGAAACUACAACUCUUCCCGAUGGACUCGCAACGAUGUAAACUUGAGAUCGAAAGCUACGGUUACACCACGGCCGACAUCGACUAUUUUUGGGGACAAAAGAAGUCAGAUCCUAGGCGGAAAGCGGUGAGGUUCGACAACUUCAUGCUGCCACAAUUCAAACAGACCGGCUAUAAUGUAAACAUCACCAAAGCAGUCACAUCUUCAGGAGAAUAUGUUCGCCUCUACUUUGAAGUUCUUCUAAUUCGAAACAUGGGUUUUUAUGCCAUGAACAUUGUCAUUCCAUCUAUGCUGAUCGUGACCAUAUCAUGGGUAUCAUUUUGGUUGAAUCGUGAAGCAUCACCAGCUCGCGUCGGCCUUGGUGUGACUACUGUGCUCACAAUGACAACCCUCAUCACUACAACUAAUAAUUCUAUGCCAAAAGUUAGUUACAUCAAAGGAUUAGAUGUCUUCCUCAACUUUUGUUUCGUUAUGGUGUUCGCAGCUUUGGUCGAGUACGCAGUUGUUUCUUACCUGAACAAACGAAUAGCACUUCGACGGGAGAAGCGUCGAAAGCAAGCCGAACAACAACGGCAAGCUGAAGUUCCAAUGUUCAGUAACACGUUAUCUCCAAAACAGCCGAAUAAUAACGUAAGCAGAGGGAUGUACGAGAUGUCUUUAAUCUCGCAGAACUCAACACCAGCAAAGAGUUUCGCACCGCAUAGCGAUAUGUACUUCGGACCUCACAAUUCGUCAAUGAAUCAGCUAAUGGAAAUACCAGUGGAUUGCGAUUGCCGAACCAUCCCACUUAUACAGCAUCCACGACUUGUUGCUGAUGGAUCUCACACCAUGUGGCCCGCACCAUUUGGUAAACCUAAAAAGGCAUCAAAGACUUGUAGAAAUGUUACGCCAGCGAAAAUAGACAAAUGUAGCCGUUAUAUUUUCCCGUUGUUGUUUUUUGGAUUCAACAUUAUGUACUGGACAAUAAUGACGGUUCUGAGCUCGAUGUCAGAUCUCAAGAACGAUGAAUGGGAACCGAUCAUCAUCCCAGACUGA